AUGAGUUUAAUGCCUAGUGAUGAAGUAGCCUUGUUAAAUGAUGGUCGUUAUAAAAAUUUUAUUGCCAACUUAGAAAGAGUUCUGAAACAAUUCGAAUAUUCAUCAGAAUGGGCUGAUCUCAUAACUAAUCUGGUCAAAGUAAAAAAGACUAUUGAAAGCUAUCCUAAAUUUUUAUCAAUACCUAAGCGUAUAACAUUAUCGAAACGUCUUGCACAAUGUCUUCAUCCAGCAUUACCAUCUGGUGUUCAUUUGAAAACGCUUGAAGUAUAUGAAACUAUAUUUCGUAUGAUCGGAAAACGAAAUUUACAACGAGAUAUUAUCAUAUAUUCAUGUGGCCUAUUUCCACUAUUGCCAGCAGCAGCAUUACCUGUUAAACCUGUUCUACUAACAUUAUAUGAAACAUAUUUUCUACCAUUAGAUGAAGCACUCAAUCCCAUUCUAACUGGCUUUUUACUUGGAUUAUUUCCAGCAUUAGAAGAAGGCGCAGAUUAUUAUGAUAGAAUAUACGCAUUACUUGAUAAUCUAUCAAAUCGAAUUGAUAAAUUUUAUUUUUAUACUUGUAUAUGGUCAGCCACAAAUUUAGUUGCCGCAGCAAGACACUCAGCAUUGACAUUUAUAUUAAAUCAUUUUGACAAAAGAAAAACUAUGGAAGAUCAACUUUAUUUAAUGGGCUCAUCUGUUGAAACGAUGGUAUCCGCUGUAUGUAUAUGUCUGCAAGAUCGUGAACAAUCACUAGUUCAACGUUCUAUACUUGAUUUUCUUCUUGUAUGUUUACCAAUGCACAAUAAACAAUUAACUAAAAUUGAUCUGAUGAAAAUAAUAACGGUCGCCUUGCAUGUACUAUUAAAACGUGAUAUGUCAUUAAACCGACGUAUAUAUGUAUGGUUUCUUGGUACAGAACAAUCACCUCUUGAUAAUACAACUCAACAGCAGAAUAUAAAUGAAAUACACUCAUCGACAACCUCAUUAGCUGUAACAAAUGAUCCAUUCGAUUCAUCGUCCUAUUUUAUUCAAUAUACAAAAGAAAAUUUAAUUCAAUCUCUCUUACAUGCUCUCGAAACAAUAUCUUCUAAUACAUUAUCAACAACAAUGAAAUCAAAGCAAAUGAUACCCGAUGAAAAUAGUGCAUCACUAGCAAGUAUUGUUGAAUCAAUGGCAUCGACAUGGACAUUGAUAAAAUUAAUACGAGUGCUUAUUAUUCUCGUUGAUAAACCUGAUGUUGGUCCAAAUAUAAUCGAAUAUGUUCUAAUGAGUUAUCUAUUAGUUGUCUAUCAUCAGAUUUAUUUACCAGCUAAACAAUUGACAUCAAUAAAUGCUCAACAAGAGAAUCAUCGUUCUGAAACAUUGAAAACAUUGAAUAUGCUUCUUGAUACAUUUGAACCAUAUUUUAUAUGGGAAUUUCUAACGAAAAAUUUUGAUAUAAUUGUAACUGAACAACACGAUCAAAUGGUAAUGACUGCAGGAUCUACAAUAGAACAAUUGUGUGGAAUAAUAAAUAUGCUACUUGAUACUGCUGCAUUAGAUUCCACGACUGAUAUUCAAUCUGAGCAUUUACCUGAAAUGCUCUAUCAUCUUAUAAAAACAAUGAAUAAUAAUAUUAGUAAAUUUACAGCAGAUCAAUUAACAUUGUGUGUUGAAGUUUUAUUAAAAAUUUUAAAGAAAGUUGUGCCAACAAAUUCAACGCAUCGUAUAUCGAUAUUUCAUCGUACAACAAGUGACGAUAUAUUAUCAUUGUCCGAACGAAAUCAAUCGAUAUUGAAUCUUUUUGACGAAAAUUUAACUGAUAGUGAUUAUGAUGAUGAUGAUGACGACGAUGAAGGUGGCGAUGAUGACGAUGAUUAUUAUACGGAAACAAAUCUUGAACAUACAUCUUAUACUGAUAAUGACAAUUCAACUGAUACAAAUAAUCAAUUUACAUCUACAUCGACUACAAAUGAAUUAGAAGAGUCUGUAGUAAUAAAUGAACAACAGUCUUUACAUGAUAUUGAGCGUCUUCUUCGUCAUAUGGUACGUAAAGUUGAAAAACAGAUAAACAAAGUAAAUGAUGAAAAUAAAAAACUAUUAAAUCAACAACCAAAACCAACAGUAUUAACUAAAACAAUGUUACAAUCAAUGAAUCAUUUAGAAAAAUCAAUUACAUUAUAUAAAAUAUUUUUCCAUCGAUUUAUAAUAACGUUUUUAAUUGAUAAUAACAAAACAACGAUGCAUGAAAAAUUUCAAAAUAUUCAUUCAAUAACACAAAAAAAGACAAACGAAAAUAUUUUAGCACUUUUUAAUCAUUAUCAAACACAAAAUGAAUUUCAGUUAAAAUUAAAUGACAACGUCGAUUAUUAUAAGCGUGCAUUUGACGAUUGUUGUAAAUUACUUAUUGAGUUUUGUUGUUUUCAAAGACAAUCCUCAAUAACAGAUCAAUCAACCCUGUCAAAAGGUAAAACUGAUUUUGAUGAUUGGUCUAUUGAUCUAUGUGUACUAUCCGUGUGCGAAAGUGGUCAUUUCUUUAUUCAAACAACCGCUAUAUCUGUUUUAAUUGAAUUACUUGGUUAUACAUUGUAUAUUUGCAAUCCGAAAUCUGAUAAAUACUCAAAUGAAUUAACCACUGGAACUAAUCUCACGCUUCCAGAAAAUGUCUCAAUUAUCCCAUCCUUCAAUCAAGAACAAGUAUCAUUACUAAUAAGCGAAACACUUUUCUUUCAACAUAUUACUGCCUAUCUAUGGGAACAUUUAAGUGAUAAAUACGAACGACAAUUAAAUUUAAAGGCAUCACGUAUAUUAUCGAUGCUUCAUUCUAUGUUGCCCAAUGGUGAUUGUGAAGAUUUAAUUUGUAAUCAAUUAUCAUCGACACAUAUAAAACAAUAUGAAAAUGAAUGUAUUAUAAUUGAUGCAUAUAAACGGUUUUUUAAAUUAUGGAAUUCAACACGUGACAUAUCUAUUAUAACAUAUGGGCAUUUAAGUAAAACAUUUGAACGGUGUUUACUUAUUGUAUUAAGUAUUCUUAAUGAAUCAAAUAAUCGUUGUUUAAGAUCAAUGGUACAGCAAUGGACAUUUGACUGUUUUAUUAAUGGAGAUAUGUAUCGAAUAUUUGAUGUUAUUCUCAUAAUGUUAUUGCAUCCCGAUACAGCACGUAUUAGUGUACAAAAACUGCAUCCUGUCGCUCAUAAAGAAUACUUUCAUACUCGAUUAUUUAAUUCUACUGAUCAAUCAUCAAAUAAUCCAAAUUUUCAAGCACAAGAAAGUAAUAUUAGUAAUGAUACAGAUGAUACCAGUGUUGGUGAUAUCAAUGAAAUAACGUUCUCAGUAUUAAUUGAUGAUAGAAAUCAUGAUGAUUAUGUUGGCGCCGAUGAUGAUGAUGAUGAAGAUGAAAAUUUCGAUGAUGACGACGGUGAACAAGAAGAAAGUGAUGAUGAAAAACGAAUAUAUGGCAUAAGCUGUACUGAUACAGGCGAAGUUGUUUAUCAUAUGAAGCAUUCAUCACCACAACCGAUGAAAUCUGAUGCAAUGAAACCUCCUCCAACAUUAAGUCUUUCUCAGCCAAGUCUUUCAAAUAGCCGAUCAGGAUCUCCAACAACGUCAUCUAAAUCAAUGAAACGUCGUGCACCAACAAUCCCAACAGUUUUCAGUCGUAUCAAUAGCGGUAUUGAAUGUGAUAGUACAAAAAGUAGUAGCAAUAAUCUUCUACGAAUGCAUACGUCACUUCACGAAGAUGCAUCUCAUGAAACGGAUUCUCUUGCUGACUCUCAAUUAACAAAUUCAACUAUGAUUUCAAAUAUGAAUAUUAAUAGUAGUCGUCGACCUCAUUCAGUGGGUCCAAUACCGCACGCUGUUACCAUUGACGGUAUAUCAGAACCACCAAUGACACCAUUAAAAUGUUUAAAUGAAUCGGAAUCUCUGCCGAUAAAUUGUAAUUCAACAAAAAAAUCUGAAUCAAUAGAUCGUUCACGUAAAAUUGAUUCUCAUUUAGCUUACAUUUUACUGUACACACAGCCCUAUGAUUAUAAUCGUGUAACAUUUGCUUUAAAUACUAUUGAAACUUUAAUUGAUUUAUUACCUCAACAAUUAAUGCAUACAUUACUAGUAACAACCAAUAUUCAAACAUCACCCAUCAGUGUUCACAACAAACGUUUACAUGAACUUUCAUUAAGACAUCGUCAUGCAAUUGAGGGAAAAAAUUUUUAUUCGUCAGUUGAAAACAUUUUGAAUAAUCAUCAAUCUUAUUUAUAUACAUUAAUCAAUAUUCUUUUAACGUAUGCACGUACUUAUUAUUCAAAAUCAUUUGAGCAUCGUUUAAAUAUACACGAUUUACAGGGUAAUCGUAAAGUUCAUAUACGUUGUUUAAUAUUAUUAAAACGUAUUUGUCGUGAUUUAUCGUCGAUAUGUAUGGAAAAUAUUCAUCUAAAUAAUAUAUUAAUUAAUUAUAUCAAUGAUUUAUUUCAAAAAUUAUCUUUUCAAAAAACAAUUUUACAUUUAUUUAAUACAAUUAUAGAAAAACUCAAUUUAAAACAACGUUUAAUUAAAACAAAAACAUUAACAAAAAUACUUUAUGAUUACAAUAUUGAAUCAUUCUACGAUGAAUUAACACGACAAUAUUUACGUGAACUAGUUGAACUAUUAGAAGAAAUUAUUUUAUUGGAAAAUAUUCUUCGUUAUUAUCAACAACGUUUCGAUAACAGUUCUAAUCAAAGUACACUACAAACGUUUGCAUCAAAUAUUCUUGCAUCGGUUACAUCGAAUAGUGUACAAUUAACAGCCAAUGAUUAUUCAAAUAUAUCACUAUUUCAAUUUCGUAAUCAUUCUGAAAUUGAUUUUAUUAAUCUAAUAACAAAAUCUAACCAAAUGAAUUCAACAGCAAACCCAUUACGUUAUAUUGAUAAUCAACCGAUUGUGAAUCAAAGUCUUUUUCUUUCGUCAAUAUUGCAAUAUUUAAAGCAGAUUGAUUUCAUUGAAAAUCAUCGCCAUAUCAUAAGUUUAGUUGUUCGAAUAUUACCACAUUGUGGAUCAUCCUUGAAAUCAAUAAGUAGUUUAGUUAUUGAACAAAUCUGUCGAAAUUUAUGUUUUAUUGUUCAAACAUAUCAUCAACAACAACAAGGCAAUAAAAUGAAAUUCAAGCAAUUACCGUAUUUUGAUGUAUUCGAUUAUGUUAUUCAUUUAAUUCAACGCCUUUCAUAUAUAUGUAAUUAUUGUCUACUUGGUAAUAUUAUUGAUAAUGGACAUUUUCCCAAUCAAACACUUAGUCCACAACAUUGGAUGAAAGCAUUAACAAUAAAUGAACGUGAUUUGUCCGAUGCACGUCAAUCUAUUGUCAAUCAAUUUCCAUCAAUCCUGUCAAGUAUUCUAUUUAUAUGGAAAACCAUAUCCGAACAAUAUUUAUUUGAUAAUGCAAAUGAUCAAACAGCAUCGAAUCUACUUCCAAUUCAUCAAUCACUAAAUAAUCUUUGGCCACAAUAUAGUGUUAAACAAAUUCGCCAAACAAUUCUUGAUUAUCUUUCAUCAUUAACAAAAUCUAAUGGUGUAGCAUUUCUCAGUGCCGUUGCACAAUGUUGGGGCGAACGUAAACGUCAACAACGAACACAACAAAGAAGUAAUACAACAUCAACAUUAGACACAUCAUCACGUACGACAAUACUGACAAUGCCUAGAGAUAAUAUCGGUGAAGCACAAGCACUCAUUGAAAUUGUUAUGAACAUUAAUGGAUAUACACUCAAUGACAUGAUACCAAAUAUGAAUGAACUGAUACGAAAUCAAUUAACAGCCAGAGAUAAGAAAAAACAAAAUUAUGACGUAUGGUGUUUACAAUUUCUAUUAGCAUAUAUGCAACAUCAAAAAAGUGUAUCUGUCGAUUGCUGGCCAUCAUUAGCAUUUAUGUUUAAAGAAUGUUUAUCACAAUCAAUAUCAUCACCUGCUACAUUCUUAAUAAUACGAAUUUUAAGUUUCUAUAUAAAACAAUCACCGUCACUUGUUGAACGCCGAGAUUUAAAAGAUCUACAAGAUAUAACAAUGAGAGUACUUGAUAAUUGUAAUACAAUUGUUGCUUCAUCACUGGAACAAACAACAUGGUUAAGAAAAAAUUUACAAGUACGUGUUGCUCAACCUGAUGCUCAAUCCAUAAAAAGUAGUUCAACUGGAGGUCAGACAACAUCGAUAGGACCUGGUUCUUUGCAUGAGAGUGGAAGUGUUCCUGUUGAUGAUACUUCUGAUUUUGAUGAUUUAGCACGUAAUACACUGUCGACAGUGGUUAACAUGAUCGACAAAUUUUCAGCUAAAAUUGUGCCACAAACUGUUUUGAAUAUGACUUUAAGAGGUGUAUCUCAAGCCAUUAACACAGGUGACUUUGUAAACAAUGGAAAUUAUAGUUUUCUUGCACUGUCAGUUCUUGCUGAACAUGCUGCAACAUUGCUCGACAUAGUCUAUAAUCGAACAGACGAAAAAGAUCGUGUUGUAUUACCAUUUCUACAAAAUCUCGUUACAAAUGUUAUGCCAUAUGUACGUACACAUGUUGCUGCCAAUGCUCCAUCGUAUCGUUCAGCAUCAGCUUUACUUAUGAACAUAUCACAAUAUUCUUAUACACGAAAAUCAUGGAAAAAAGAGGCAUUUGAACAAUUAUUCGACGUAGCAUUUUUUCAACUUGACAUAACUGCAUUACGUUCAUGGAAAAUAAUUGUUGAUAAUAUGAUAACAAACGAACGACCAACAUCAUUUCGCGAUGUUAUGACAAAAAUCAAUACUGUCCAAACCGGUUUAUUUGUAUCAAAAGAACAUGAAUAUGAACAGCGUGCUAUGCUUGUUAAACGUUUUGCAUUUGUUAUAUAUGCAUCAGAAAAAGAUCAAUAUAAUCGACAAUUACCUGAAAUACUUGAACGUAUUGCUGAUCUACUUAAAUUACCUCAAGUGCCAAUAUUGCAUACACAAAUGUUUCUAUUUUUGCGUGUACUUCUAUUGAAAAUAUCGACGAAAAAUUUGAUUUCAUUAUGGCCUAUACUUAUGACUGAACUUAUACAAGUUUUAUUACAACUAGAACAAGAUCUCAUCUCGGAUCUUGAUGGAGACGCCAAAUCUCAUGUACAGCGAUUAGUAACUAAUGAUUUGGCUACUACCAAUGUAGCAAGUACUUCAACUGGCUCAAAUCCUGCUUUAAAAAUGUAUUUAUAUGCAUGUAAAUUACUCGACGUAUUAUUGGCUAUGCCCUAUUCGGAAUUAUAUCAUUUUCAACUUUUUCGGUCUGCAUUUGUUACUGAUGAAGAUGCAAACGACAGAAAAUCUCCUAUUGAUACAUUCAUUGCCUUUUCAAUACGUUUAUCAAAGUUACUUGAAAGAAAACUACAAUCAAUGUCGACUUCAAUGCAUGAUCGUAUUCCAAUAAUAAAAAAUAUAAAUCGUCCAUUACUUCGUUUACGUACAAUAACAAAUAUAAUUGAAUUAUAUCCAUUUUUUAAUUGUUUAACACAAAUGCAUACAUAUGAUCAUCAUCAUUAUCAGCACACACUGCCAACGCAUACGCAUACGUUAAAUAAACAAAUGCCCAUACUGAAAAAGAAAGAAUCAUCAAAGAAGAAAAAUAAAUCAUUAACGCAUGCAUCAUCAUAUAGAAAAUCUGAAUCAACAACAAUGAAUUCGGUUAAAGAAGAAACUAUGAGUGAAAUUGAAACAAGUGUACUUGAGGAUUUUGUUGAAUCAUGGAUAUAA